AUGGGAAGACAGCCUUGUUGUGAUAAGGUAGGGCUUAAGAGAGGACCAUGGACCGUUGAGGAAGACAACAAGCUCAUGAACUUCAUCCUCAACAAUGGCAUACAAUGUUGGAGACUUGUCCCAAAACUGGCAGGUUUGAUGAGGUGUGGGAAGAGCUGUAGACUGAGGUGGAUUAAUUACCUUAGGCCUGACCUCAAGAGAGGAGCUUGGACUGAAGCGGAGGAAGACAUGAUCAUUGAACUUCAUUCUCGGCUAGGCAACAGGUGGUCCAAAAUAGCUGCACAUUUUCCUGGACGCACGGACAAUGAAAUCAAGAACCACUGGAACACCAAGAUCAAGAAGAAGUUGAAGUUCCUUGGCUUGGACCCUCUGACCCACAAGCCUAUCGAUCAACCUGAGAAUUGUGUCUCCAAAAGUGAAGAAUUUCGCGAAAAUAGCUCCUUGGGAGAACAAGAGGUCUUGAAGCUGGAAUUGCAAGAGACUUUGCAGUCUGAGGACUUCCAAACGCAACAAAAUGAGAAGAAUCUCAACACAAAUUUACACGAGCAACAGAGCACGGGAACCUCCAGUUCUAGUUUAGACGAGGAAAAGCCUAAUCUGGCUAGCAUGUUCAAUGAGACGAGAGAAUUUCCAGAAACGGGGUCAAUUGAAAUCCAGAAUUCAGAGCCCCUGGAUGCUAUUUCUUACAUUGUUGGAACGAAUGAUAUUCAGCUGGAAGACCCUUUUCAGAAUUGGAUUGAUAGCCCACUUCCAUGGGAUGUUUUCAGCUCUUUAGGAGAAAAUUUCCUCUGA